AUGGUGGAUUCAAUGCUAAGCAAGUUAAGGAAAAUGUUAUGUGGUAAGACAGGCAGUGUCAUGUCCAUGCUUUUCAUGACUUCUUCCUUUUUUCUUGUUGAAAUAAUAGUUGGUUAUGCAACAAACUCAAUGGCUCUUGUAGCUGACUCUUUUCACAUGUUAUCCGACGUUAUUUCGCUGAUAAUCGGCUUUUUCGCUUUGAGAUUCUCCAAACGCAGCCAUCGAACUGAGAGAAACACUUUCGGCUGGCAACGGGCUGAGGUUUUGGGUGCCUUGGUAAACUCUUUGUUUCUUAUUGCACUCUGCUUUUCAAUUCUCGUCGAGUCGUUGAAACGACUCGUGGAGCCAGAGUCACUAAAGAACCCAGUUUUGGUUCUCAUCGUUGGAGCGGUCGGUUUAGCGGUUAAUGUGAUCGGCCUCAUGUUAUUUCAUGAACAUGGGCAUGGGCACAGCCAUGGUGGUAGCAAUGGUCACAAGGAUAACCAUGGCAAUAAGCAUGUAACUGAAAAUGUAGAAAAUAAAAAUGUACAAAUAGCCAUUCAGUCAGGGCCACGAAGGGAAAAAGAGAGCCACAAGACUGUCGACCAUACCAUACAUGAAGGUGAGUCUUAUGGUGGACCAUGUCAUGUUUUUUUCCUCUUAUGUCAGGGGCACCCAACGAGAAUUUAGUUCAAAACCACUUAAACAUAGCAUUGUUAAACGUAUUUUAGUAUUUAAACGGUAGAUAUACGCAUAUUUUUAUCCCCGAAAUAUUUUUCAUCUGUUCGGAUUUCCUAGCUGAAAGUCUCGAGAUCCGAAAAUCAUAGGGACCAAACGUACCUUUUCGAAAAUUUCAGCCAGAAAAAAGGCUCCCGAAAAUUCUAGGUGAGCUUUUUAGGGUAAAAAUCCGUUAAAAAUGGGCAAUUACACCAAUUUUUAGAUGUUCGAAAAUCCUAGGAGAGGUAGGCAAGCAAGACAUUUUACAAAAAAUGUUCCGGAAAUUCUAGAUCUCAAAUUCCGAACAGAUAUUUCCGGAAAAUUGACGUUGGGCGCCCCUGUUAUGUGAUUUCUGUUUUUGCUAGUAAAUCAUAGUGGCACUAACGACUUCUCUGACAACUUUGCAUCAAGGCAAUGAAGAGUUUAAAAAAAGCCUUUUGUAUUAGAUACCGAGAUUUAAUAAAUUAGAACCGGUCUAAUGUUCCAGUUUAUCAAUCGAGACUCUAUAGGCUCGUUGUUAUGUUUACUAUUUUCUCAAGAACUGGAAUGUUCGUUUUGAUGAACUUUUAGACUAAAUUGCAGUUAUAAUAUCGUGGUGAUUAUAAAUAAUACUAUCAUAUAACUACGCUAUUUGGUAUAUAUAAUAUUAUAAGUGCAACGAUCUGGCUAAUUGACUUCUUGAGAGAUUCACGAUAGACUAUAAUUAACUAUAAGUCAAGAUGAAAGACUUGCAAUAAUUGCAGUAAUGAAUUAUAAAUAUUUUACAAAAUAAAUUAAUAGAACAUUAAACAGUACUUGCUGUUUUUAAUAUCCGUGUCUCUUUUUCAGAAAUUGGGUACUUAUUUACUUUUUAAAGGAGAAAGGGUUUAAGGCUGCAAAAUGAGACAAUUACGCUUGUGUUCGACCCUUUUUGACUUUUUUCAGGGGCACCCAACGAAAAUAUAGUUCAAAACCACUUAAACAUAGCAUUAUUAAACGUAUUUUAGUAUUUAAACGGUAGAUAAAGGAAUAUUUUUAUCCCCUAAAAAUGUUUCAUCUGUUCGGAUUUCCUAGUUGAAAGUCUAGUGAUCCGAAAAUUAUAGGGAUCAAAACUCGCCUGUGCGAAAAUUUCAGCCAGAAAAAAGGCUCCCGAAAAUUCUAGGUGACCUUUUUAGGGUGAAAAUCCGUUAAAAAUAGGCAAUUAUACCAUUUUUUAGAUGUUCGAAAAUCCUAGGAGAAGCAGGUAAGCAAGAAAUUUUACAACAAAUGUUCCGAAAAUUCUAGAUCUCAAAUCGUCUUCCGAACGGAUAUUUUUCCGUAAAUUGUCGUUGGGUGCCCCUGUUUUUUGGAGCAGUGGCGAGUGUACUCGGCUGUCCAGAAUUCAAACUUAGCUAUAAGAUCAGCUGAGUGAGCUUGUUUAAAUAAUAAAAAAAUAAUAAAAUCCCGGCAGUGGGACAGAUUAAUGUUGUGUUAAAAGCUCGGCUUUAGUUAAGAAGCUUAAUAUUGAUGUGGGUGUUUUCACCCGACUUCCAAAAAAAUAACAGAAGUCAAUUCUAUUGACUGAGGUCAACUAACCUAUAAUCUUGAGAGAACAGGUUUCCGAUUUUACUAAAGUUGCAUCUAAGGCACAAUAAAACUGGAAUAGAAUUACAAUCCAAAUUGUAAAUCCAUCAGUGUUUUUUUAUGUGCGAGCUGAACACCCUUUGUCUCAAUCGCUUCACAUUGUGUCAGACUUCGUGUAUAAAUUUAGUUUAGUAUUUUUCAGUCUCCUUCAUCGUUGUUUUUUUAGGCACAGAAAAUAAUGGAAUUGAAACCGAUGAUGUAGAACAACUGGAGUCUGAUCAUUCAGCACUGGAAGAUGAAGAUGAAUCGAGGGAUAAAACUGAUGGCGAUGUAGUUUGUAAUGGUGAGUGUACAGAGGCCCAAAUGAGGAUAAGAACAUAGAAGACGAAAGUUGCAAAUAACGCAGUGCGCUGCCGACUUAUUGAAAAUAGUUCAUUUAAUCACUUUACUUUUCGUUUUAGGCAAGGAAACAGUUGGAAUUGAGACCAAUGACACGGAACAUAGCUCUGAUCACGGAGAGCCUGAGGAUGAAGAUAAAUCAAGGAAUCAUUGUACCUCGGCCAGUAAUGGUAAGUAUAACUGGACCAAAGCGGGACACGUGUUGGGGACUGUAGGGUUCUCGCUUGGCUAGUUAACGAAGGAACCGAGACUCUGUUCUUCAACUACCACGGCAUUUAUUCUUCUCAGCGCUAACAAUUCUUCUUCAACUACAACAACUUUUCUUCUACUAGCCAAGCCUGUCACCAGCGAAUUAAAUAAUCAAAUUGUAGACGUGUUUGUCUGGUUAGCUGACCUUGAGAAGUGAGAACUUCCCAUUGCGUAUCAUGUCGCUGAACUAGAAAACCGGAGAAUAGAAUACUCUACACCAAAGAACCAACUGAACGCUAGCGGUAAAAUUGCUAUGUAAGACCAAGCAUACAAAAGCAGGGACCUUCUGUGUACCUAGAACUCACGAAGGUCAGCUAUAAUCCCCAAACAGGCAUACUUCAAAGAACUACAAUUAAGUUAAACAAAUCGUUCAAUUAUACCGCAGCGAUACUACUAAAAAACUCAGGAACUAUCCGUGUGAACUGCUGUGACAUUGAAUUUCCUUAGACUAUCAACUGUUUAUGAAGAACAGCACGUACAGUACUACAAAAUAAUCAUUCGGAUACCCUUAACGUAAGAAAAACCUUAAAAAUACCAAAACUGCAAAAACAAAACUAAAAGCAACUACUACUUCAUAACCGACACACGCAAUACACAGCGGAAAAGAACGGCAACUGACGCAACACGGUACCGUAAAUAUACCAGCAAAAUACCACAAGACAGUGCGAUCCAAUAUUAUCUACAAGACCAGCUGGGCCGCAUGUCUUGGGCACCCUCAGAAAUGUCUGUUUUAUUAUUUUGCCUGUUUGGUUAUUCUAAUUAUUCUCCAAGUUAUCGUUUCAGGUUUCUCCUUCUCACAAUAUUAUGCCUUUUAUUUCAUCCCUAAGUUAACUUAUUUAGGUCAGAGAUUUAAUUUCAAGAAAUGCCAAUUAUUUUCAUCUCAGUCGUAUCUACGCUCACGACUGACGUUUUGCAUUACGACAUGAAAAUUUCUAUUCUGAACGGAUUAUGAAGGGAAAUUGGCCAGUAUCCUUACCUAUGUAAUCCAUAAAACAUUUGGAGUGUCUGACGUGUAUAGGGCAAGAGUACAUUUAGCUCGCAAUACCCUAAAUUAUUAGCCUGCGUAGCAGGCGCUUGGAAGGAGUGGGUACGAGAAAAAACGGGCGCGCGUGAAGGAGACACGCGAGGAGACACCCCUCGCGCGCGCCCGUUCUCUCUUUCGCCCACUACUUCGAAGCGCCUGUUACGCAGGCUACUAAUUUUUUGCUUUAUGAUCAUUCAUCCCUCAGGUGAAGAUGAAAAUAGCCUCUCAGUUUCCAGCAAUUCUGCCAAAAGUGACGUCAAAGUCAAGUCAAGCGCUCAAUUGAACAUGAGGGGGGUAUACUUGCAUGUUCUGGGGGACGCCCUUGGGUCUGUUAUUGUUAUAAUUAGCGCUUUGAUCAUCAAGUACGCCUCUGGUAAAUGGACAGUUUAUGUAGAUCCUGGUAUGAGUAUUCUGAUGGUCUGUCUUAUUCUGAAAAGUUCCAUUCCACUCAUGCGAGAGUCAUCAAUGAUCUUGCUUCAAACUGUUCCUACCCAUAUUAAAAUCAAAGAAGUGCAAGAUCGGCUGUUGGGUCAUGUAGAGGGUGUGUUAGGUGUUCAUGAAUUCCAUGUCUGGCAGUUGGCUGGAAAUAAAAUUAUCGGUGAGUUCUGAAUAUGACUGGUGAAUGAUCUGUAAUUGAUAAAAGUCUCUUCAGUUUUCGAUCACACAGAUGACGUCAAAAUGUGGCAAAAAUAAACUAGUGGCAAACAAGGCAAAAGCGAAUGUCUCUCUGAUAUUCUGACUAUAAAGUUUGGCGUCAAGAACAAAACACUAAGCGGGGUCCUCUGCAUGUUUUGUACCGGCGUCAUAACGAUAACAAUCUCUUCCCCAGAGUCCAGUCCGCUAGGGUAAGGGUAACGCGGUUUCUGGGAACAAGUUUUACGUCAUAAAUCAUUCUCACUUGUUAAAUAGGCCUCUUCCGAGUUCCAAAAACUCUCACUUUUAAAGUGGGGCCUUUUCACCUUUCUUGUCAAAAUGAGUUAUAUUUGCAUGAGAAUAAAAAAACAUUUCCAUAUCAGAGGCAGAGCACUUAAUCUAGUUUUGAAACAGAGGCCCUGGGGAACUCGUAAAUGGCCCUUUGCGCACGCUCCCACUUUAAUAACUGCCAUUACGUAAUCCGCUUUUUGCGUUAAUUUUAGCUUCAGCCCAUAUCAGAUGCCGAUCUCCAGAUGAAUACAUGGGUAUUGCCAGCAAGAUGAAGGGAUUUUUUCACAACGAGGGUAUCCACUCUACUACGAUCCAACCCGAGUUUGUAACUGAUGGCAAAAAAGGUAAUGAAUGUGCCUUGGAAUGUGGGCAGGACAAGGCAUGCGCAGGAGAGAGAUGCUGUCCUGAGGAGACUGGAACUGAACUAAGGAAACGUUCUCCACUGAAUCACGACGAAGGCACCAUAAAUCAUAGGUUCAAUAUGGUUUAGAUUUAGUUAUUUUCAAGGACUGUAUUCUCUUAAAGCCUCCAACAGAAUCAUUUAGAACACUUUUAUUUUAUCAUUCAGAUAUUGGAUUGUAAUUCUAGUUAGCGGUCAGGUAUCUGGAGGGUUGCUAUCAGCUCUGAUUUUCAGAUUUAGACAAAUCUCUUUUACUAGAGAUGAAUAUACAGUCGAACGGUCCCGGCGGACGGUCUCGGCGGACACUCCGUACAUUGACUCUUAAU